GUGUUCAUUUUAAAGUAGCCUACUAGUCCCGUGUUGAAUCGCAGUCGCACCAUGUCUGCUGUGAAAGCGCUUCAACAGUGGUGUAAAAUCCAGUGUGGAGGAUACCGGGACGUGUCGAUCACUAACAUGACCACAUCUUUCCGGGACGGUUUGGCUUUCUGCGCUCUAAUUCACAAACACAGACCGGAGUUGAUAAACUUUGACUCUUUGAGCAAGGAAAAUAUUUACGAAAACAAUAAACGGGCUUUCGAGGUGGCAGAGAAUGAGUUGGGUAUACCUGCCCUGCUGGAUGCCGAAGACAUGGUGGCUCUAAAAGUGCCUGAUCGACUCAGCAUUCUGACCUAUGUGUCCCAGUACUACAACUAUUUCCAUGGACGUUCUCCCAUUGGAGGUAUGGCUGGGAUUAAAAGACCAGCCGAAGAGUCUAAUGAAGCGCCAUCUGAGAAGAAGAACCAACCCGUCACAGCUAAAGUUUUCGCUUCACCUAAACCAGCCACAGAAAAUAAGACGCCGAAACCGGUGAACGAAAAUAAGGUACAAUAUAGAGAAGUUUUGGCUGAACGUGCAAAUAAAUCAUCAGGAUCUCUGAGCAGCAGCUGUACUGUUUGUAACCAACAUGUUCACCUUGUGCAGCGCCACCUAGUAGAUGGGAAACUGUACCACAGGAACUGCUUUAAAUGCAGAGAGUGUUCCACUAUUCUUCUCUCUGGCACCUAUAAGCCUGGAAAAGAACCUGGCACUUUCAUCUGCAAGACGCACACAAGCACAGAGAAGCCUCUAACAGCGCCAACCACACACAUCACAGUGCCUCCACCGAAGACGCAGUCUACCUUUAUAACCAAGACUGUCCAGAAUGCAUCAGGUGGAGGUACUGGAAAAUCUGGUUUAACACCUAACGCAUCUAAACCGGAUUGGCUGGCCAAUAAAAGUGACCGUACACCCACCCGUGGGUUAGUUGUCACACCUACUCCAGCAGUUCAGCUCAAGCCAGUGCCAAAACCAACUCCAACACCAGAGACAACAACUGUGAAAACCUCUUUUAACCCCAAAACACCCUCGGAGCCUCUUAAAGCUGUAAGCAACAGUGUACAGACGAACCAAGAAGCCAGAAAGAGAUUCUUUGAGCCUAGCAGUACUGUGCCUGAAAGUAAGAGCACCCCAUCAUACACCUCAACUACACCUGUGAGUACAGUAAGUGUUACUCCUACAACAGUGAGUACAGUAAGUGUUACUCCUACAACAGAGAGUACAACGCCUAGAGUCACUGCAGGAGCUGGAGCAGGUAAAAAAAGAGUCCUGCUACGGGUGGGAGACUGGGCAAAAACACAGGACACAGAAAAAGAGAAGGAGAAUGAAAAGGAGAAAGCCAAGGUUGUGAUCGGAAAGAUGGUGACGGUGGGAAAAAAUAAUAACAGCUUGUCUCCGAGUCCAGCUGGGCUGAAAGCAAGCAGCAGUAAUGUUUCCCCUGUGGAAUCGGGUGCUAAAGGCCCCUUUGGUAGGGUGCGUCUCAAAGCACUGGAUACCGAUGUGAAACCUGCUGCCCCCGCUGCUACUGCACCAUCCUGGAUCAAAGAUAAUAAAACCUUAUCCAGGCCUGUGAGCACGCUGGCGUCCGAGAGCAAGGACAAUGAUACAGCUCCAUCUGGCUGGAGGUCCAUGCUCAAGCCUGUGAAAACUCCUCCCAGUAAUAUAGAAAGCACCGGCUCACCCUCCAAGAGGCCAGAAGUAGCAGCGGCUUCUCCACGGACAUCAGGUCUGGGAAUCACCACAGCAUCCAUUCCUGCUCCCUCUACCACCAGCAUCUCCAUCAGCAUCAGCUCCCCAAAAGGGCCCUCACCUAGCCCGAUGAACAACAGCCCUAAAGCUAGUGACUCCAGCAGUGGCAGCAGUGUUUCUCCGGUUAAUCCCUCAGGGACUGAAACUCACAAAUCACACAAGCCGGGUUACAUUCCGAAAGAAGACAUUCAGAAAGAGCUGAAAGAAAUUGAGAUGAAUAUGAACGAGUUGCAGAAAAGAGGAGUAGACCUGGAAAAACAACUCAGACAGAGUGAUGAGGAAGGAGAAGAGGACACAGUAAUGAAUGACUUAAUGGUGGACUGGUUUACCCUCAUCAGAAACAAACAGGUCUACAUGAGACGCGAAUCCGAGCUUGUGUACAUUGCCAAGACGCAGGAUCUAGAAGAAGAACAGCCCAGUGUUGAGGCCGAGCUCAGGAGACUGAUGGACACACCAGAGAAACUGAAGACCUACCACGAGCGUAAACGAGAGGAAGAGCUGAUGGCCAAACUUGUGGAGAUAGUUAAUGACCGGAACGCCAUAUUAGAGGGGUUGGAUGAAGACAGACUGAGGGAGGAAGAGGAGGAUGAGGAGCUGAAUAAGAUGAUGCAGAAUCUUGGUACCGAUGUGAAGAAAGAAAAAGUCAAGAGAAAAUCUUCCAUAUCCCGAUGGUUUAGCAUAAAAAAGUAAACGGGCGUCUGCUGAUGACUGAUCCUCAUGGAUGGUGUGUGUGUGUGUGUUUAGUCUCAGACAGAAUGUUUCUGCUGCAGUUUGAGGUCAGAUGACAAAAUCUAAAUUGCAGUUACACAGACUUUAACAAAUGGUAUUUUUGUGAAAUCACAUCAUUAUGUAUUGUCACACUGGGUUUUUUCUCUCCACAUACUUUUGCACAUUUUUCAUCUGUCUCCUCAUCUCCUGUCUUUGUGGGUGUGAUAUGUUCAUUUUGUUAGCAAACGUUUUGCACUUGAAUCCUCUGAAUAAUGGAGAUUGAAUCUCUCAUUCAGUGUUUCAUUAGGGAAUUAAACGGUGUUGAGAGAAAGGAAGUCUUUAUGUCAUAUUGAUUCAUAUUGGAUCAAAGCUGAAAUGGACAGGUAUGGUCCGACUGUACUAUAUUCACACUCUGAUGCUUUUUUUUUUUUU